GCAUGUCUACGAGUAUGUGUGUGUGUGUACGUGUGUUUGUUUGUUUGUGUGUGUGUGAUGUGGUGAUGUCACAGCUUUGUUAUAGAAACAGAGAAGCCUUGUGUCCUCAUGAUUAAUUCAUGUCCAGCUGCGGGAUAGAGACAGAAGCAGCCAGUCACACGCACACAGGAGGAGCACGUACUUAAAGGAGGCUGAAAUAAGUAACUACCGGUGGGGUGGCCAAGGAGACAGGAGGGACAGGUUGUCACAAGGAAGGAAAAAAAAAGACCCAGACGAGAUGAAAAAAGCAGAAAAAAACGACUCAAGGGGACUCUCAUCAUCAUCGUCUGCGCUGUCUGACAAGCUUUCAGGCUGUACCGAGGAGGAGGAGAGCAUCCUGCUGAGAGGAGUGCAUCUGUUGUGUGGCUCCUCUGCAUCCUUCUCUGGCUACACUCUGAAUGUCAAGCCCCACUGAGCAGAACGGGAUCCAGGUCGUCAUGGAGACAGGAGCAGACCCUCGCUGGAACAGAGGCAGGGUGAUGUGCCAUCAGCCACUGGGGGGCAUCUGUCCUCUCCGCCACCUGUUCAGCCUCUGAAGCUUAUGGGAUAGGAGUGUGUGCGCCCCUUCCCAACCGCUCUGCAUCCCAGCUGGACUCAGUCGUGCCAAAGCUGAAUUGUGUUGAAGGAGAAGACAUGGGCAGCCCGGGCUCCGAGGUGGGUCUGGCUGGGUCCGUGGAGCCAGCUCUGGAGGCUCUGUGUCCCGAGUGUGGCCAGAUCCACCGCAGCUGGGAAAACCACCUUUACAACUACCGUCUGGAAGUGGACGACGAUCUGGUGUGCCACAUCUGCCUGCAACCGCUGGUGCAGCCUCUCGAUACGCCAUGCGGACACACCUUCUGCGCCCGCUGCCUGCGUAGCUUCCUCCAGGAGAGGGACUUCUGCCCUCUGGACAGGACGCGGCUGCAGCUGCAGGCAUGUCGCAGGUCCAGCAUCCUGGUGCACAAGCUGCUGGACAAGCUGUCUGUGUCCUGCCCUUUGACCCCUGUCUGCUCCCUCAGCAUGCCUCGCUGUGACCUGGAGGCGCACCUUAAACACAGGUGCCCUGGGAUGCGGAGUCAGCAGACAAAUGGGGACGGUCCACGAUGCGAGAGCGGGGAUGAGCGAGCAAUGGUGACCAGCCCUCCCAGAUCACCGCAUACACCACAGACAGACCUGAGAGAUCGCACGCCGUCACCGCCCUCUGGACCCAAUAACAGCUGCGGUAAUGGCCCUGUGUGGACAGAUGAUGCCGGCCUUGACAACCCUGCCUUUGAGGAAAGCACCGAAGAAGACAGUGUAGUAGGGUUGGAGUGUGUGGUCCCCAGGGUGAAGCGGCCCCUCAGUAAUCCCUGUAUCCAUCUCCUGCGCUCCGUUAGCUCCACCUCCUCUGGCUGGGACUGCCCUGAAUCCCCACCUCUGUCUGCUGAGGAGGGCUGUGUGAAGCUCCCCUCCCUUCCUGAAGGAGAGAUAACUGCCAUAGAGGUCCACCGUGCAAACCCAUAUGUAGAGCUGGGAAUCAGCAUUGUUGGUGGAAAUGAGACGCCUCUCAUCAACAUCGUGAUUCAGGAAGUUUACCGAGACGGGGUCAUUGCAAGAGACGGGAGGCUGCUGGCCGGGGAUCAGAUACUCCAGGUGAACAAUGUGGACAUCAGUAACGUGCCACACAGUUUUGCUCGCUCCACCCUGGCCCGCCCCUGCACCACCCUGCAGCUGACUGUACUCCGGGAGCGUCGCUGUGCCUCCCGGGCACCUCCCUCCUCUUCCUCCUCCACCCCAGCAGUGCCCCAUGCCCCCUGCUCCACUCCCGAAGUCACCCCACCCAGCCCAGCCACUCUGAGGAUCACCCUGCAUAAGCGAGACUCCACAGAGCAGCUUGGAAUCAAGCUGGUACGGCGAACGGAUGAGUCAGGGGUGUUUGUGUUAGAUCUCCUGGAGGGAGGCCUGGCUGCCAAGGAUGGCAGACUGCGGAGUAACGACCGCGUGCUGGCAGUCAAUGAACAGGACUUGCGACACGGCACCCCAGAGCAAGCUGCUCAGAUCAUACAGGCCAGUGGAGAACGAGUCCACCUGCUGAUUGGCCGACCCAGCAAACCAACUCCGCCCCCGCCAAAAUCGAGCUCCACUAGAGACCUUUACUGCCUUGAUCACUUCCUGCCUAACCACAGCUCUACCCCGAGUCCUGUGGCCAUACACCUGUCCCGCACCAGCACCCACAGAGACCUGUCCCAGUGUGUGACCUGUAAGGAGAAACACAUCACUGUGAAGAAGGAACCACACGAGUCUCUGGGCAUGACUGUUGCAGGAGGGCGGGGCAGCAAGAGCGGGGAGCUGCCGAUCUUUGUGACGAGCGUCCAACCGCACGGCUGCUUGUCGAGGGAUGGGCGAAUCAAAAGAGGUGAUGUGCUGCUGAGCAUCAACGGGCAGGAUUUGACCUACCUGAGCCACAGUGAGGCCGUGGGCACCUUGAAGGCCAGCGCUGCGUCGCCCUCGGUCCAGCUGCGAGUGCUCGAGGUCAGCAUGGUGGAGGAGCAGGACCAUGAUGAGCUGCUGCCUCACACUCACGACAGUGACUUUGAUGCCAACUGGUCCCCCUCGUGGGUCAUGUGGCUGGGCCUGCCCAGCUACCUGCACAGUAGCCAUGAGAUUGUUCUGCGCAGGAGCCAUCCUGGCAGUUGGGGAUUUAGCAUCGUCGGGGGAUACGAGGAAAGCCAUGGCAACCAGGCGUUCUUUAUCAAGACCAUCGUCCUCGGUACACCCGCGUACUAUGACGGCCGCCUGAAGUGUGGUGACAUGAUAGUGGCAGUCAACGGCCUGUCGACAGCAGGAAUGAGCCACUCGGCCCUGGUGCCCAUGCUGAAAGAGCAGCGCAGCCGGGUGGCGCUUACUGUAGUCUCCUGGCCCGGCAGCCUGGUAUAGCUGGGCCAGAUCGUGAGCAGGCUGCGCACUCCAUAGAGUCCACCCAGAAUGUUCUAUAUUGGGAACGACCUUGGCCAAAGUGAACUGGUACAUGCUACUGUACAUCGCUCCAUAUCGGGCUUAAUCCAGGACCAAACGCAUUCAGAACUACUGAAGACCCAGCAGGACCCAAGCCUGUCCUGACCAGGUGGGAACUGAUCCAGAUCGUGCCACGUCACGCGACAGACUGCACUCUCACACACACUGCUGUGAUCAUAUGGUCAUGUUGUCUUCACUCCCACAGGGAGAAUAGUACUGCAACUGUUAACAGGCGAUCUGUGCUGUAUUCACCUCACCAGGCAGUUGUAGAAUCCAGGGCUAUAUUCAGGUGGAUGCAUCCAUGCAGGUAGAGAUUAAAUAUUUUUGAGGAGUAGUCUGCGAUCUGCUGUGAUCUAGGAUAAUGACAGCUAAUCAGUUUAAUCGAAAUGUUCUGCAAGACCAGUGCUGUAUCCAGCUGAAUGAGCCUCAGGCCUUAUUAGAAACCUGCCGCACCCUGGGGGCUCAACUGCCCUUAGGCCUCAUCACCAUGAUAAACCAGCUGCAAUAGCAGCUGGAGUUUUAUACAUGUGUUUGAAUGUGUGCUGU